UGGACAUAGAGAAAGAAAGCAUUAACAUGUCUCACAUAGCUGUGGAGAGAAAUAGAAGAAGACAGAUGAAUGAGCACCUCAAAGUUCUACGCUCUUUAACCCCAUGCUUUUAUAUCAAAAGGGGAGAUCAAGCAUCUAUAAUAGGGGGUGUGAUAGAAUUUAUCAAGGAGUUGCACCAAGUUCUUCAAUCUUUGGAAUCCAAGAAAAGAAGGAAGAGUCUAAGCCCUAGCCCUGCUCCUAGUCCUAAGCCACUGCUACAGCUAACUCCUCCUCAACUUGAUUGCCCCUUUAUUGGGUUUGAACAUGUUCAGGAACUAGGAGCAUGUUGCAACUCUCCAGUUGCAGAUGUUGAAGCAAAGAUUUCAGGAUCCAAUGUGGUUUUGAAAAUUAUCUCAAAGCGAAUACCUGGUCAAAUCUUAAAGAUAAUCAGUGUGUUGGAAAGGCUUCAAUUCGAAGUUCUUCAUCUCAAUAUCAGUAGCAUGGAGGAUGCUGCCCUAUACUCCUUUGUCAUUAAGAUAGGGCUUGAAUGUCAGCUGAGUGUGGAGGAACUAGCUAUUGAAGUUCAAAGAAGUUUCUGCUCAGAGACCAUCUAUGCUAACGAGAUUUAGUUUGUUGAUCCAGAGAUCAACUCUUAGGGUCUGUUAAAAUUGUAUGCAUAACAAAUGGAAACCUCUGAUCAUUUCUCAAGCUUAAAAAAUUUUGUUCAUAUACAUAUAUAUAUGGACUGGAAUAAUUGAAUAAUUAUUGAGCAAAAUGAAGAAGCUAUAUUCUGAUUCCAUCUUCCAUAUGUGCAACUUUAUUUGACCUUGAGUGAA